UCAAAUUUUCAAUUUAGAUGCAAACGUGCAAGUACGGGUGCCAAAUGUGAUCGCUCUUGUCGGUUUACCAGCACGGGGUAAAACUUAUAUCUCACACAAACUGUGUCGAUAUCUAAAUUGGAUUGGAAUCAAAACCAGAGCAUUUAAUGUCGGUGAAUACCGCCGAAAAGCAUGCGACCUCGAAAAGGAAGGCGAUUUCGAGUUCUUCAGCCCCUAUAAUAUGAAGGGAAAUAGAAUUAGGGAGGAAUGUGCGCGAUUGGCCAUUGAAGACAUGGGACAAUAUCUUUCGUCAAAAGAAGGGGAAGUGGCUAUCCUUGACGCUACGAAUACCACCCGAGCACGGCGACGAAUGGUUGCCGAAUUUUGCGCCAAUAGACGUACCCUCGUUGACCCUCCUUUCCGAGUGUUCUUCGUUGAAAGCAUAUGUGACGAUCCCCAUAUCAUCAACUCCAAUAUCACAGAAGUAAAAAUUAAUUCACCUGACUACAAAGGCAUCAUGUCUCAUGAAGAAGCAAAGCAAGAUUUUUUGAAACGAAUAGAAAAUUACAAACUACAAUAUGAACCUCUUGACGAGGAGGAAGAUGAAGAUCUAUCUUUUAUCAAGGUCAUCAACGCCGGCAAAUCCUUCUACGUCCACAAUGUUAACGGGCAUGUACAAAGUCGUGUGGUUUACUUUUUGAUGAACAUUCACCUACUACCUCGAAGCAUCUACCUCACU